AUGCUCAAGCAAAAAAAAGACUGGAGCGCAAGCCAAUACCUCAAAUUCGAGAACGAACGCACCCAACCCGCCCGUGAUCUCCUCUCGCAUGUGCCUCUAGCAGCCCCAAAGAGAAUAAUCGACCUAGGCUGUGGCCCAGCCAACUCAACAACAGUCUUGGCAACACGAUACCCAUCAGCAAUCAUAACAGGCCUAGAUUCUUCACCCGACAUGAUCGAGCGCGCAAAGAAAGUCCUCCCAGACAGGGAAUUCCACGUCACAGACCUCAACAGCUACACACCAGACCCAGCUAAGCCAGUCGACCUCUUCUUCUCAAAUGCGGUGUUCCAGUGGCUGAAAGCCGACGACCGAAUUACGGUCAUUAAACGACUAAUGCAACCACAGCAAAAGGACGCUGUUUUUGCUCUUCAGGUCCCGCAUAAUCUGAAUGAGCCUUCGCAUAUUCUUAUGACGGAGACUGCUGCUGACGGCCCGUGGGCGGCCAAACUCACCGGUGUGCAGAGAGAUGGGUUCCAAACGCCGCAGGAGCUUUAUGAUCUGGUUAAGCCGUUUUGUAGUCAGGUUUCGGUUUUUGAGACAAGUUAUUAUCAUUCGCUUGAGAGUCACGAGGCUGUUAUUGAGUGGGUGAAGGGGACGGGAUUGAGACCGUUUUUGGAUCCGUUGGAGGACGGAGAGAAGGAGGUUUUCUUGAAGGAUUAUUUGAGGCGCCUGCAGAAUGCGUAUCCUGUUUCUGUUGAUGGGAGGGUGUUGUUGAAGUAUCCGCGGUUGUUUAUGGUUGCUGUAAAAUGA